UGGGGUUUGAUGUUUUCUCCUACAAAUGCAACUUUAGCUUCAUCAUCAUGGGACAGAACAGUUCGGUUGUGGGAUGUUUUUGAUGGAAAAGGUGCUGUUGAAACAAUUACUCAUCCACAUGAUGUUCUUACACUGGUUUACCACCCUGAUGGAAAGCAGUUGGCUAGCAGCACAUUAGAUGGUCAAAUUCAUUUCUGGGACCCAAUUGAUGGUUUAUUAAUGUAUACCAUUGAGGGCCGUAGGGAUAUUUCUGGAGGUCGUCUUAUGACAGAUUGUAGAUCAGCUGCCAACUCAAGUUCAGGAAAAUUCUUCACAACUUUAUGUUAUUCAGCUGAUGGGAGUUACAUAUUAGCUGGAGGAAGUAGCAAAUACAUCUGCAUGUAUGAUGUUGCUGAUCAGGUGUUGCUGCGGAGGUUUCAAAUAACUCACAAUGUAUCUUUGGAUGGAGUUCUUGACUUCUUAAACUCAAAGAAUAUGACAGAUGCUGGACCACUGGAUUUAAUUGACGAUAUAGAAGACGGUGUUGACAAGCAAACCCAGGGAAAGUUGGGUUAUGAUUUACCAGGAUCCAUGCCUAACCAUGGAAGGCUGGUUGUUAGAACAAAAUGCUUGAGAAUUGCCCCCACUGGUCGGAGCUUCUCAGCAGCAACAACAGAGGGAGUUCUAGUUUAUUCAAUUGAUGAUUCCUUUAUCUUUGACCCAACUGAUCUUGACAUAGAUGUCACACCUGAGGCUGUUGAUGCUGCACGCAAUGAAGAUAAAUUGAGCAAGGCUUUAAUCCUUAGUCUCAGAUUAAACGAAGACAGUCUAAUUAAAAAGUGUAUUUUCAAAGUUAGUCCGAUAGACAUCCCUGCUGUCGUCUCAUCAAUUCCGUACAGAUAUUUGCAAAGGUUAAUUGAGGCAUUUGCAGAUCUGUUAGAAAGUCGCCCACAUUUGGAGUUCAUACUUCGGUGGUGUCAGGAGCUCUGCAAAGUUCAUGGUAACUCUAUUCAACAAAACUCUAGAAAGCUGCUUCCUGCUUUAAAAUCCCUACAGACGGCAAUAACAAGAACACAUCAGGAUUUGAAAGAGACAUGUUCUUCCAAUGAAUAUAUGCUUCAAUAUUUAUGUUAAGCAAGCUCAGGGAAAUGAAAAAUGUUGCAACGCUGCUAAACACCUCGACAAAAUUUUCAGAGUAAAAGAUUACUAUUUUCA